CGGCCUCCACUUGCGAUUUGUUGUCGCGCGAUUGUUUAGUCGCAAAAAUAGAACCUAUUGUUUUAAAUGCAGGCGCAUCCACAUGCGACAGAAAUGCGACUGCGAUUUAAAAAACGCAACUGGACCUAUUUUGACCGCGACGCGACUGUCGCGGAAAUAAAAUGAGUCACACGGACAGGCAUCGACAUGCAUCCACUGGCGAUUAUUUAGUCGCAUUUUUGACUGAGUACUGUCGAGCGGUGGCUGUUUGUUAACUAAAUAAAUAUGUCUGACAGUGAAACCUCUACUAGUAAAUUAGUAUUAUCAGUCAUUGAUACUGAUUUGCUAAUUAGUGAAGUAGAAAAGAGACCGGCUCUUUAUAAUAAACAAUUAAAAGAGUACAGUGACCGAAAUAUAAAAGAAAAACUGUGGACUGAAGUGUGUGGUAAAGUGAUAGAAAACUGGAAUGACCUUACAUCAAAAGAAAAGAAACAUAAAGGUACAGACGUUCAAAAAAAGUGGAAGAAUUUAAAGGACUGCUUUUUGAGGGAAAUUGCAGCACAACGAAAAACCACAUCAGGCCAAGGAGCAACAAAAAGAAGAAAGUAUAUCCAUUUUGAUGCGUUGCUGUUUUUGGUUCCCUUUGUAAAAGGAAGAGAAACUAUUAGUAAUAUCUCCCUCAAUGAAACGGAUGGAUAUGAACCAGAGCAACCACAUGAUACAUCUGAUGACAUUCAAGAAGGUAAUUCUACUGCAAGAUGCUCACUUGGCAUUAAUGCACAGACCGAGCGUGAAAGGCGUAAAAAUAGUAAGAAACAAAAUGCAAACUCAUAUGAGACAUCUUUAUUGAACAUUUUGAAAGCAAGACAAAGUGACGAGGGUAAUGAAGAUAAACACUUCGCUUUAAUGUUGGUUCCAAUGUUAGGAAAAUUAAAUGAAGAGCAAAAGCAUUAUGCUAAGAUAGAAAUUUUAAACGUCAUGAGGCAAGCUCGAAACAUUAAUCCACGCCCUGGUUACAUCAGCUCUUCCCAACAUACACAACAGCCACAGCAUAGCCAUUCUGCUUACGGACAUAAUUCUAACCAACCUGUGUAUCCACAAAAUACUGGGCCAAUGCAGAAUUUUUACAACGAUUUUGCAGGAAGUGUUUUGUCAUCACCCUCUGCAAGUGGAAGUGAUCUUUUUGAUUUAUCGUAACUCUUUUAAUGGGUAAACUACUAACCCUUAGUUAUUCCUAUAACAUUUGAUUUUUAUUAAUUUGUACUUGUGUUUUUUAAAAUGUUUUGAUUUAAUAAAGAGUUUUUAAUAGAUAAACAAAUAAGAUAAUUUGAUUUUCUGUAAUUAUUACUCACCUCAAAG